GGCUGCUGCUGCUGCUGCUGCUGCUGCUGCUGGCGAGGGAGGCGGCGGCGGCGGCGGCGUGGCGGCUCCAUCAUCCUGGCAUUUCGGAGCCUCCAUCCUGGCCUCUCGAGUGCCCGGACCCAAAACAGGAAAUUUGAUUAUGACCACAGUUGAAGAAGAAUCUGACACAGUAACAGUGGAAACCGUGAAUUCCGUGACUCUGACACAAGAUACCCAAGGCAACCUUAUUCUUCACUGCCCUCAGGAUGAGGCAGACGGCGUAGACUCCGAAGACAGCCCCGAACCUCCCCCCCACAAAAGGCUCUGCCUAUCCUCGGAAGAUGACGAGAGCGUGGAAGGCAACCCUCCCUGCAUCUCGGUCGUCGCGGUUCCAAUUUCAGAAAGUGACCAGAGCUUUGAGGUGACCAUGACUGCCACCACGGAAGUAGCUGACCAUGAGGUUAACGAAGGAACGGUGACUCAGAUUCAGAUCCUUCAGAACGAGCAACUGGACGAAAUCUCUUCUUUAGCCAACGAAGAAGUCUCGGCUGUCAGUCAGGCCUGGUUUACAACCAAAGAAGACAAGGAUUGUUUAACAAACAAAGGUCAUAAGUGGAAACAGGGCAUGUGGUCGAAGGAAGAAAUUCAGAUUUUGAUGAGUAACAUUGAGCGUUAUUUGAAGGCCCGUGGAAUCAAAGAUGCCACCGAGAUCAUUUUUGAGAUGUCGAAAGAUGAAAGGAAAGAUUUCUACAGGACCAUCGCCUGGGGUUUGAACCGGCCUCUCUUUGCUGUUUAUAGACGCGUCCUUCGCAUGUACGAUGACCGAAACCACGUUGGCAAGUAUACUCCCGAAGAGAUCGAAAAACUGAAAGAAUUAAGAAUCAAGCACGGGAAUGACUGGGCGACGAUAGGAGCCGCUCUCGGACGGAGCGCUUCAUCUGUAAAAGACCGCUGCCGACUGAUGAAGGACACCUGCAACACAGGGAAAUGGACGGAGAAAGAAGAAAAGAGACUCGCCGAAGUGGUCCACGAACUCACGAGCACCGAGCCCGGAGACAUCGUCACGCAGGGGGUCUCCUGGGCCGCAGUGGCCGAGCGGGUGGGGAGCCGGUCGGAGAAGCAGUGCCGCUCCAAGUGGCUCAACUACCUCAACUGGAAGCAGAGUGGAGGCACCGAGUGGACCAAGGAGGACGAAAUCAACCUCAUCCUCAGAAUAGCAGAGCUAGAGGUCGCAGAUGAAAACGGCAUCAACUGGGAUUUGCUGGCUGAAGGCUGGAGCAGCGUCCGCUCACCCCAGUGGCUUCGGAGCAAAUGGUGGACCAUCAAGAGGCAAAUCGCCAACCACAAAGAGGUGUCGUUUCCCGUUCUCAUAAAAGGUCUGAGGCAACUGCAUGAAAGCCAGAAAAACGCUCCGGCACACCAACUUCCAGACGCUAAAUCUUUACCCGGGCUGCCAAAUUCCCACCCUGGUUCCGGGGUCCAGCAUGUCCAGAUCCGCGUGGCCCAUUUGGAAGAGAGUUCCGUCUGCUCUCCUGCUUCCGUGGCGGCCUUACAGAUCCCUCUCCAGAUCACCCAUGUCUCUUCUGCCGAUUCCCCCGCGGCUUCCGUCGACUCCGAAACGAUAACACUAAAUAGUGGGACGUUGCAGACUUUUGAGAUUUUGCCGUCCUUCCACCUGCAGCCGACUGGCACCCCGGGCACCUACCUGCUCCAGACCAGCUCAAGCCAGGGGCUGCCUCUGACCCUAACCGCCAGCCCCACAGUCACCCUCACGGCUGCUGCAGCGCCAGCCUCUCCAGACCAGAUCAUAGUCCAUGCCUUAUCCCCCGAGCACCUGCUGAACACGACGGAGAACGUCACCGUGCAGUGCCACGCGCCCAGCGUCAUCAUCCGGACCAUGGCAUCCGAAGACGUUUCCCCGCCCGCCAGCCAGGCGGAACUGAGCGCCGAUUUGGGCCUGCAGACUGUUGGCUUGGCGGGCACACCGACCUCCCUGGAAACGGACUCUUUCCCAGAGGACGUCCGCCCCUCCAAACUCCCAGGGGAAGACAGCACCGGCGGUUCCUCCAAAUUUGGCAGCCGAAGCAGCCCGGAGCUCCUGGAAAGAGCAGGCGUCGGCAUUCUGAAUUCAGAUCUCAAGCGGGAAGAUAACUGUCCGUCGGAUUUGGCUGGCACUUACGUUUCCGAGGUAAGGAGAAAAAAAAGCCCAACUCCUAAACCUUCGGAGCUGAUGUUUACGUCGCCCUAA